CGGCCUUCAGGCGCAACUCGGAAAGGGUCAAGUCCACAAUCCCACAAUGCACCGCGGCCGAGCUAACAGCUAACUGUCAAGAGUACUAUCCAGUCGCUCAGCUUUUGUCUGAUACAUGAGGGACGUGGCGGGGACGAUAUCUCCAUUUACACUCCGCCUGCAGCCGCCGAUAUGAUGUGCGACACGACCAACCGAAAUUUCCGAACGCAGCUAGCGGUUAUACUGGAGAAGCUAACCAAGACGGCCCUGGUGGAAAUAGGAAACCUGGCGGACGAAUGUUCCUCCGUGCUCCUGGGCGAGAUCUCCCUGCACAAAAGCGAGAACGAGGCCCUGAAGAAGAAGUGCUACUCCCUGGAGGUGCAACUGAGGGCCGCCCGGGAGGCGCAGUACUACCCGGCACCUGUCAACAAUAUCGGCCGGAGGAAUCCCGAAGGUCAAGAGGCUCACAAAUCUGACCAGCACCAGCAGCACCAGCAGCAGCAUCAGCAUCAGCAGGGGGCCCCGGCCAUCGAUGGCGUCUUUGGGAAGGACUGGUGCAUGGACCUGUGGAGAGAAGACAAAAGAGUCCCCCCUCAGAGGAAAGAGACAGUGGAGCCUGUCGCCAUGUCCAGCAUGGGAACACAGGUGUUGGACAUAAUGGACAGAGAACCUGAUCUCAUUUUUGUUAAGGAGGAAACGUAUGACGAUCAUCCACUCGGGCAGCAGAUGAGGCUGACAGAGAACAGGAAAGAUUUGGGGAUGCUCGACGCCGAGGGCGCCCUCCAUCGAUCUGUCAGUGAGCUGCAGCUUCAUUCGGAGGAUUUGACCAACUUCCCCUUGAUAGUGGACGGUCAAGCACAGCGCUCGCAGCCAAGCAUUAUGGACAAGCUGAUCGAGGACGCAGCGAUGAGCACGAUGCUCGACAACACAAAUCCUCCCGCAACAACCAGUGAAUACGUCGACUACACAAACGCCACCGCCAAAGAUUUCGUCAGCUAUCCACCAAAACCCACAAGGCCACCUAAGCACUUCCAGUGUCUCUUCUGCGGUAAAGUAUUCAACUAUCUCAGCAGCCUAAAAGUCCACGUCCGACGCCACUCGGGCGAGAAGCCUUUCAGCUGCACGGUCUGCGGCAAGCGCUUUGCCCAGAAGACGUACCUGAAGCUGCACCAGCGCGUCCACUCCGGCGAGAAGCCCUACAGCUGUCCUGACUGCGGAAGAAGUUUUUCCCAGAAAAGCUCCCUGAACAUUCAUUUUCGGACGCACACGGGGGAGAAGCCGUACAGCUGCGUGGACUGUGGGAAAUGUUACGCCUACAAGUACGGCUUGAACCACCACCAGUGUUUCAGUCACAUGAAGAACACCUAGACAGGAGCAGACGUGUUCUUCUGGGCUCUCAUGAAGAGCAGUGAGGCGUGUGCCAACGUGUCUACCAAGGAGUGUUAGGGCCACACUGAAAGAUUAAAAAAAUUACAACAAUAAAGCAGACAUUUCACAAGAAUAAAAGGUAUCAUUUUGCAUGGUGGAAAUAAGAAUAAACUCAUAAUAUAAAACAGAAAUUGAGAGAAUAAAAUAAGUGGGAAACUGUAUCAGAAAAAAGCGCUGACAUCAGAAAAUAAAAUUCUGACAGCUAUGUAGUAAAAUAAUGUGCAGUAUUAUGAGGAAAAUUAACUAAUUUAAAUUUUUUAUAAAUUUUUGUUACAUUAAAAAAUCUGGCAACAUUAAAUUUUGCAAUACUGCAAGAAAACCAAUUAUGUCAGAAUAUUAAGAGAAUAAAAAGUACAUGUAAUAAAGUCAUAUUACAAGAAAACAGCAGCAAUUUUUGUGAGAAGUCUUAUGAAUAGAAAGCCUGAGCAUGUAAUGAAAUAUUUUUUAAAAUAUCAUUACAUUAAAAUGAUACUUGACAAAAAUUGCGUUGUAAAUUGAGGAGAUAAACGUACUGUUUGAAUAACGUGCAUUAGAAGGAUUUUUAAUCAUGCAGGUUAUACUACAAGAAGGAAAACUCAUAUUGUGCAACUUUAUUCCAAUUUUGUCUCAUUUCCAGUGUCACCCUAACACUCUUUUGUGAAAGGUUAUGAAUUAAAAAACAAACAAACAUGUAUCUGUAAAGCUGCAACAGUCAAACAAGUAGAGAGCAUUUCUGUCUUUGCUUUAUUUUCUUGUGGUUGAACGACUAUUCCCUUCAACGGGCGUUUAAAAUGUGUUUCUGUUUGAAUGCUAACGGGAUACUUUGGAUUAUUUGUGUGGAUACGACACAGUUCAUAUGAGUUCUAUUUGGAACAUUUUGUAUGUUUAUCGCAGCACUUCACAGAUCUGAACGUGGGCCAAAUCCGGACGAUGCCCCGGCGGGAUACAUUGUGGUGGUCAUCCACAACCACGUGGCGCUUUUAUGGCACUUAAUGUGAAUACCUCAUCAAACCGCUGACCUCAUCUGCAUGGCAUGCUCUCAUACAUUUGCUGUAUGUUCUUUUAAAUACCUCCUUCAAGGCCAUCAAAGGUCUUGUCUAGUUAAAGCUACAAUAAUACAUUGUUUGCACACAUAGCGAAACUACCUCGUCGUAUUUUUUCAAUACAGUGUGUUCCUUUCAUGGUGUACAGGCACUAUUUCUGUACUUGUAAAUGAGCUUCAGACUAUGGGUUUUUUCCCUUCUAGUGCCUGAAAGGGGGCCAAUAAGGGUACAAAAUAGGUGUAAUGGUGCAAUUUGUUCUCUGCAAGCAAUCUCGCGUCAGUCUUUUUUUGAUUUAAUGGCAGAAAUGGGAUUUUAGAUGUUUAGGGGAAGAUUGUGAGAUUUUUCUUUUGCAUACAUCACCAUAAACCAGACAAACUGCCUUGUAAUGAAACAAAGCCUGGGUAUUGUUUCGUUUCUUAAUUAGCGUGUAUUUGCCAUAAGAGAAAUGAACCGUGUUGUUUUUCCCCUUGUUGCAUGUCCAGAUUUAACCCUCCCCCCCUGCCAUAUGAUCGUAAGAUGUUAAACUAUGUGCAAACGUUCAAUCAAGUUCAAUGCAUUCUUCAUUCAAGACAAAGCACACUUGUAUUUUUGAGGGAUGUUUUAUUUAAUAAAUCUCUU